CCCACUGAAACCCUAGAGCUAUAAACUUCACAAAACGAUCCUUAGAAGCUCUUUCAUUUUCUGUAGUCAAACUGGUUCAAAAUGUCGAAGCGAGGUCGCGGAGGAUCGGCCGGAAACAAGUUCCGGAUGUCUCUGGGUCUUCCGGUGGCGGCGACUGUGAACUGUGCCGACAACACCGGAGCGAAGAAUCUUUACAUCAUAUCGGUGAAGGGAAUCAAGGGUCGUCUCAACCGUUUGCCCUCUGCUUGUGUUGGUGAUAUGGUGAUGGCCACUGUCAAGAAAGGGAAGCCCGAUCUGAGGAAGAAGGUCAUGCCUGCUGUCAUAGUCAGGCAGCGCAAGCCUUGGCGCCGAAAGGAUGGUGUUUUCAUGUAUUUUGAAGAUAAUGCUGGAGUUAUUGUGAACCCCAAGGGAGAAAUGAAAGGAUCAGCUAUUACAGGUCCGAUUGGAAAGGAGUGUGCAGAUCUGUGGCCUAGGAUUGCUAGUGCUGCCAACGCUAUCGUUUAAGAAUCUAGAGGUCCCAGGUUGAAUUUACAAAAAUGGAUUUAUUUGACACUAUCAAAUUUUGUUUCGUUUAAAUGGUCAUAAUCGUAGCUCUAGGGUUCUGGUUUACUUGUAUACAUUUAUUUGGUUAAACCUGGAUAAUCUCUUGUACUUGAUGCUGUGAUCUUCAAUUUUAGGUUUUUGAAUGUGAGAAGAUUU